CAUCGCUUGGGAAGAUGCGACCGGACGAGCUGCCCGCGACCAAGUACUUUGCCGCACUCGGCAACCAAGCCUCGGCCAUGGCCAUGGACGACCUUUCCAUGGACGACGACCGAAGCAGCGAAGGCAACCAAGUCGAGCUCGGUGCCAGUGGCCUCCGCGCGUCGCGCCAGGCCGACGACAUGGACGACUUCGUCAAGAUGGACAUUACGCUGCAGAUGGACCUGCUCCACAGCAAGACGGCGGAAGAGAAGGUACAGAUCUACAAGGUCUACGUGAGCAAGCUCCUGCAUGAGCUCGUCGCGACCGAGACGGCGUCCGAGGAUCUUGAGUACGAACUCCAGCUCAAGAACGAACAGAUCGCGCAGAUGAGCCGAAGGAUCGACGACCUCAACGUGCUCGAGUCCGUCCAGACGAUGACCGACUUUGAAGAGAGCGUCGACGUCGAGGCGUACCUGAGCUCCCCCGCGGACCUCCGCAGCCUCUUCAAGCAAAAGGACGCCGAGCUCACGUUCUUCCGCAGACGCGUCAAGCGAGCCGACGACCAAAAUGAGAAACUGCAAGCACGUCUGAGCGAGAUCGACCAAGAGCUCGCACGGGCGACGAUCGUCAACCGGCAGCUCAAGACGGACCUGCAGAACGAAGUCAAGCGGCGGGAAGAGUCCAACAAGAAGACGAGCCUUCUCCGCGAGAAGCUCAAUGACUUGCGCAAAUCGUCGUCCCCAAAGAAAACGGCACCCGAGACUCUCGAGCUCCAGGAAAAGCUGAUCGCCGCCAACGAGAUCAUUGCACAGCUGCGGGCGUUUGCAGACGCCGACCAAGCGACCAAGCUUGCCUACCAAAACGAAGUGAACGCGCUCACAAGCCGCGUCGCAGAGCUCGAGGCGUCCCACGCUGUCUUGCAAGAUACCUUGACGUCCAAGGACCACGAGCUCCGGCAGAUCCAUGAAGAGGCCAAAAUGCAUGUCGAUGCGGCCGAGAAUCGCCUGCGUAAAAGCGAAGUCGUGCGUCGCACGCUACACAACCAAGUCAUGGAACUCAAGGGCAACAUCCGCGUCUUCUGCCGUGUGCGGCCGCCGUUGCCGUCGGAGCGAUCGUUGCGACGCCCGCUGGACGAGAUGUACAGUUUUCCCGACUACGACAAGGAGAAGAAGAAGCUCGUACUUGUCGCCGAUGCACGCACGCACACGAGCUAUACGAGCCAGGAGACUCCUGGCGCCAAGAAGUGGCCGUUCGAGUUCGACCAAGUGUUUGACUGGACGGCGUCGCAAGAAGAGAUGUUUGCCGAAGUCGCGGCGCUCGUGCAGUCGGCCGUCGACGGCUACAACGUGUCGAUCUUUGCCUAUGGCCAGACAGGGUCGGGCAAGACGUACACAAUGCAAGGCGACGAAGCGGCGCUCACAGACUUUAGCGCGAGCCAUCUCGUCAACAAUGCCAACCUCGGCAUCGUCGGUCGCACGAUGACCCACAUCUUUGCUACAUGCAAGCACCAAGCGCAGCACGGCUGGGAGUACACAAUCGCCUUCGAGAUGUAUGAGAUCUACAACGAAAGCAUCAAAGACCUCAUGGCGCCGCCGGGCCAGCCAACCAAGGAGGUCGGCGCGCUUCUCGAUGGGGAUGGCAACGUGCAUGUGACCAACCUACACGUUGUCAACGUCCAAGACGAGCGCCAUGCGAUGCAGCUCCUCAAGCAGGCGACAGCGCGCCGGAGUAUGAAAAAAACCCAGCGCAACGACGUGUCGUCGCGAAGCCAUUGUAUCACGACGCUGCGGCUCACGGGCACACACGCGACGUCAGGCAGCGUCCGCACCGGCGCCGUGUACCUCAUUGAUCUUGCGGGCUCGGAGCGUUUGAAGAGCUCGGGCAGUGGCAACGACCCCGUGAUGCUCAAGGAGGCGCAGAACAUCAACAAGAGUCUCGCUGCGCUCGGCAAUGUCAUCUCUGCGAUCGCCAGCAAGAAGUCGCACGUGCCGUUCCGGGACACAAAGCUGACCUAUGUAUUACAAAACACGCUGGGCAAGGACAGCAAGACGCUCAUGAUUUGCACGCUGUCGCCGCUCGAAGAGCACCGCGAAGAGAGCCUGAAUACCCUCCGGUUUGCAAAGAAAGUCAACGCGUGCGAACUCGCGGUUGCGGGCAAGUAAUGAGGAUCCGCUCGUGUUUGAAUCUGUCGUACCAUGUUACACGUGUAUCUACUACGCC